GGGAGUUGUAGUUCGGCCAUCGGACGGAAGCCGGAACGGACAAGCGGCGGGAUGUGGCCCAGAAUAUUGGUGGGGGGGGCCCGGGUGGCGGCUGGCAGGUUCCCCGCGUUGGGGCCUAGCCUCGCUGCCCCCUUCCCCCCGCAGCGGACACCCAACACCAGCUUAGCCCUGCAGCGGAGCCUGCACGCGACGGCGGCCCGGGCUCUCCCGCUCAUUCCCAUCGUGGUGGAGCAGACGGGUCGUGGCGAGCGCGCCUAUGAUAUCUACUCGAGGCUGCUACGGGAGCGCAUUGUGUGCGUCAUGGGUCCGAUCGACGACAGCGUCGCCAGCCUGGUUAUUGCGCAGCUGCUGUUCCUGCAGUCUGAGAGCAACAAGAAGCCCAUCCACAUGUACAUCAACAGCCCUGGUGGCAUGGUGACCUCGGGCCUGGCCAUCUAUGACACGAUGCAGUACAUCCUGAACCCAAUCUGCACGUGGUGCGUAGGCCAGGCUGCCAGCAUGGGCUCCCUGCUUCUGGCCGCCGGCACCCCAGGCAUGCGCCACUCACUCCCCAACUCUCGCAUCAUGAUUCACCAGCCCUCUGGGGGCGCCCGGGGCCAAGCUACAGACAUCGCCAUUCAGGCAGAGGAGAUCGUGAAACUCAAGAAGCAGCUGUACAACAUCUACGCCAAGCACACCAAACAGAGCCUGCAGGUGAUUGAGUCAGCCAUGGAGAGAGACCGCUACAUGAGCCCCAUGGAGGCCCAGGAGUUUGGCAUCUUAGACAAGGUCCUGGUGCACCCACCCCAGGAUGGUGAGGACGAGCCUGAGCUGGUGCAGAAGGAGCCUGUGGUGGCGGCGACGGCAGCAGAACCUGCCCCAGCAAGCAUCUGAGUGGACUUCACCCUCUGGAGGAAAGUUGAGGGGCCAUAUGGUGGGGCUGUAGCCCUGCCCGCCCCUCACUGCCAAGCCUGGACGGGCCCCUUGAGGACCUCUGGAUUUGGGGGUGCCCCUAAGGGCAGGUAUCCUGGCUGAGACACUGUGAUUUUAAAUUAAAUCUUUGUAGUCUUUGCUCCCU